UCCUCAACUACGGUAUCACCCGAACCAUCACCAUGGCAUACCACGAGAAAACAGCUAUGUCAGAUGCGGGACUCUCGCACGACGCCCGGUUCGAAUAUUCUUACCGUCUUCCAGCAGUUCCGAGGGUCACCGUACCUCCUCCAUCGAAUUUGAGCCCUUCUCUCAGGCUGCGCUUGGAAAUACUCAAUGAGCAAAGUGAUGUGGAACUGGGAUUUCUCCAGGACGUGGAUGUCAACCAGGCCAUCGAGAGGGAUACAAUGAUGGAUUGGUCUUACGCGCGGCGUAGGCAGGCGCAAAUGAUUCUACCUUGGCUGUACUUGGGCCCGUUGGCAGCGGCGAAAGACCACGCGUUUCUUUCGGAUAUGGGCAUUACCAUGAUCCUCGCUGUUCGCUCUUCCGUCAAUCACAUGAAUGGAUUUUUGAGAGCUGCGGGGCAAUUCGAUCACGAGAUUGCGACUAUUGAGGCUGCAUCCUACUUCGAACUUACCGGCAAGUUUCAGGAUGCUUCCAAGAUGAUCAACCAUCACAUGGCCAGCGUCUGGAGAAAAACUUCAGCCUCAGGUAACCCGCAAUUAGGGAAGGUCCUUGUAUUCUGCGAAUCGGGCAACGAGAAGUCGGCUGUGGUUGUAGCGGCAUACUUGAUGGACACGCUGGAAGACAUUGGCUACAUCAAAGCCAUGCAGGUCGCCCAGACGCAGCGAUUCUGCAUCAACUUCGACGAUGCGGCGAAGACAUGUCUGCAAUCACACUGGGAUAUACUCUCUGCAACACGGUCUGUACAAAAGAUGCGAAACGACUCAUUGUUUUUCGGUCAAGCAGGGAAUGCAGGAUUGAAACCAAAUACGACGCACACACAUGCCGUCAUUCCCAAGCGAUCCUUCGAACAGACGGAUGACAACGAUUUAGAGAUGAGCGAUUGCGUCAGCCCGCCGGAUGCGCAGAGGUUCAUGGGUAGAGAUAUUACGCCUUUCCAGGACGGUUGA